UAGAACCUGUUAGUUCGCUGGGAGCAUCUCUGUAGACAGUCAGGCAAUUGAUUUGCUUUUAACAAAACAGUAAAUAGGACGACAAUGACGGACAAUGGCAUAGAUGAUGAAAUUGUUGAAUCACUCAACAAAGUAUUGGGAAUUGUGGUAAACGCUCGAAAAGCGGUCAGCACCAUAGACAAGUUGAAUUUGCCCGUUGAACUCGAUAAUAGUCCGCUUUCUAUGCUCGAUUCUAUAGGAGAGAUGAUUCAUCAAUAUACAACAAAGCUCUCGAUUGCAGCGAGACCCCCGAUCACCAAAGAUGCGUUGGAAAAAUACUCAAAUGAUAUGUCUAACAUGGUUUCUCCUUUAAUUGCUACUCUUCAGAUAUAUACUGUUGAUAAAUAUGGAAAAAUUAUUUAUGACCGUCUAAAAAUGCAUGUAGAACGAAUUUUACUGGGAAUAGAAUGCUUGCUGAGAAGUGUUUCACCGAAACCUUUGGCACACGUUACAGAGGCUUGGAAAACUCGGGGGCGUUUAGUUACUACUGGAAUGUUGUGGGAAUCAUGCGAAAAGCUCCAAAAACUAGGAAGAGAAGGUGCCUUGGGUUAUGUACUUGAGGAAUGGGAAAACUUUGUAUCAAUGUUGGAAGACGCCGUGAGUGACAUGGAGGACUGGAAAGCAGGAGAAAGUUCCAAUUGGGAUAACUUUGAUAGCGAGGAUGAAGAUGAAGAAGAGGAAAAAGAAAACACAACUUCUGAAGUACGGACUCAAGAACAAGCUGAAUCAGCAAAACAAUUGUUAAGACAGUUAAAUGCAUGCAAAAUCUUGUUUCUCUCUAUAAAGAAGCACAGGCUACCGAAAACGGCUUCUUUCCAUUACUUGGACGAUUUGUACGAGAAAAUGAAGCGCACUUCAGAAGCAAUAGACGAAGUGGUCGGGCAAUUUCAAGAAGACUUUGAUAAUACCAAAGAUGAGUUAGACUUAUUUGCUUUUUGUGGAAAAGAACUUGCUCAGACUUGUAUUACCGAAUUCGAAUCUGAUUCUUUCACUGCGUGGUAUACAAAAUGGUUAGAAAACUGGGACCAAUCUUGGAAAUAGUGGGGUUUUCUUAUAUCUUGUUUUGAUUAAUUAAUUCAUUUGGUUACAACUAUUCUUUUUUUUUUGGUAAAACGUCUUCCUUCCCCUUUUUUCGUUUCACCUCUGGUUUAUAUCUAAAAUUUGUAUUAAAUAUAUAGUUGAGAGAGUAAAUUAUACUAUUCAGGUAUUGAUGUUCAUAGCCGGGAACAACUUCUUGUAUAGCUGAAAGGACCAACUCAAUAAGAAACCACAGUAGACAAACUAAAUU